AUGGUGAGAGGUCUUGAUCCACAAGAGAUAGCUGACCAAGUGCAAUCACCUAGUGGCAAUGCAGCAUUAAUUGGAUCAGCUGUCAGCAGUGCUAUUGUUUCUAUCGUAUGCAACAUCCUGGUCUUGAUCACCUUCUUUUUCAUUAUGUGGUACCGACCCCCAAUGGUGAAUCGAGUCUCUCUUCGAUUGAUUGUCUUUUCAUGCUUCUGCAACAUCAUCUAUUGCGUCUUUGGAAUGCCGACUCCCGCUAUCCAGGACAACAAUUCAGCUUGUCGGGUGUUAAUCUAUAUCCUCAUCGCCACUGAUACAAUGAGCACUAUGAGCCUAGCCAUGGUGGGCCUCAACCUCGUCAUGAUCUUCAUUGUCCGCGUCACGCAUCCUGUCAAGUUGGAGAAAUACUAUUACGCUUUGAUCACCAUAUCCGCCGUAUUAGCAACCGUCAUGCCACUCGCUAUUGCUACAGCCCCGGCAAAGAACUCUGGGCAAAACAAUUGCUGGUACCAUUAUUACUUUGUCGGUCGUCUUCAACGUACGUUUAAAUGGGCAAGUUGA